CCCACUCACCACCCACCCAUCAAACCUCGGAUCACCUGUAUAGGCUGUAUUUGGUCUACUGGUAUUCUGCGACAGACUGUACGACCUGCCGACACAUUAGAUCCGUCCCACUUCCAUCUGUUUUACGGUUUACCCCCUGUCCUGCGAUACUGCGAAGGAUCGCCAACGAAAGCGUCAACUACCAAAACAACUCACUGUCAAAUUGAACGGCCGCCUUCCUCGGUGUGCUCAACCUCCACCGCUGUCAACCCGUGUACCCUUGCCCCACGCAUCACGACCCUUUCCACGAAAUCCACGACGACUCACGACUCACGACUCACGACUCACGACUCACGACUCACGAGCAUAAACCAACUCCGGUCCCCCCAAAGGAAGACGAGAUGCGCGGUUAAUCCGCCGUCCAUGACGAUCCAGCAAACCCAGCGUCGAGGCGCGACGCCUUCUGAUGGUCCGUCGGGAGCGUCCCCUGGGUCAGCAACCAGGGCCUCGUCCUAUCGUCGUGCCAGUCGCAAGGGUGCACCUCGCAAGUUCACUUGCCCCUACCCCGGUUGCGACAAGGUCUAUUCGCGGGCUGAACAUCUCCAGAGACAUCAGCUGAAUCAUGCCCCCAAGGAGAUCUUCAAGUGCGACAUUCCUGGCUGUGAACAGAAAUUCGUCCGCGCCGACCUUUUAGCCCGACAUAAGAAGCGUCAUUCCCCCAAUUAUGUGCCGCGUAAUCGCGCCCCGAGCUUCACGCCUGCUACUUUGCAGCAGGCGAGCAGUAGCACCAGCCCAGAGAGCGCCUCCGCCGCCGCAUCUAUCACGUCUUCUCAUCACAUGUUCCGCCCUCCAGCGACUGCAGCUGCGUCCACGAUGACCCCUACGACGAUCCCUCCUCUUCCCGCCCUGCCUCUCUCUGCUCCCGUUGGAGGCCCUUCUCUCCCUCGACCUUCCCAACCUCAGCAGCCUCAUCGGCCGAGCCAGUACUCCUCCCAUGUCGUGACUACAGCCCCGAGGACGGCUGGACCGCACGACGCUGCGAUCCUGUUGACCCCCGACUCGAAUACAGAACACACACCGACCAGUCUACACCAUCCUCGGCCCAGCCAUACCCAGGGGCAGGGGCAGGCGCAGGGGCAGGCGCAGGGGCCUCCUCGUAUGCCUCAGCAUCCGCCCUCCAACGCCUGGCCCAGUCAGCCCAUGAUGGACGACCUAGCUGUCGACAUGAUGCGCCCCAAACCCGCCCCGUACUAUCCUAGCGAACCCUCGGCUCCCGUACCCGAGCCUCCGUCCAUGCUGCCAUUUAACAAUGUCGGCUUCACGCCCGACGGCCAGUUGUCCGAGAACUUCGCCGUCUGGCUCUUCGAUGCCCAGGCCGGUAGCAACGACCUCAACGCCGUCGCCAACAUUCCCUUCCUCGAAGGCGGCCUGGAAUCCACUUUCAAUAACAACAUCCACUACGACUAUGAGAGCCUCACCAGUCGCUCCCAGCCCGAACCCACCCCGCCCCACAUUGUUGAGCUGAGCGACGAGCUUGUCAGCGACCAUCGCCGUCAGGAGAUACUGCAUUGGUUUCGCAUCUUCCGGGCGAAGCAACCCCAGUAUGAAUCAGCCAUCGCCAACGUGGGCCAGGAGGGCGGCGGUGGCGACCUGCCGGGCCUGAGCCUCGACAUGUUGCACCGUUGCCUCCACGAGUUCUGGUCGGCCGUGUCGCCCCGUCUCCCCAUCGUACACAAGCCCUCCUUCUCCUGCGACCGCUGCCCGAUCUUCCUGCUCAUGGUGAUGAUGGCCCUGGGCGGCGCCUCUCUGCGCGCCCGCGAUACCACCGGCACCUUGACCGAGUACGGCGGCUUUGCGGACCUCGUCAUCGUCAGCGUCCGGUGGGAAAUCGUCACCGCCGAGGACGCCUCCCCGCCCGUGGCCCUCUGGGUGGCCCAGGCCCUCGUACUGGUCGAGUUCUACGAGAAGCUCUACUCGUCGCGCAAAUUCCACGAACGCGCCCACAUCUACCACACGGCGACCCUGACCCUCUUGCGCCGCGGCAGUCCCCUCAUCGGCCGGGCCGGGAGCGAGUCUCCGCCCGAAGAGCAAGUGGCUCAGGCGAGCGACGGCGACGGAUCGCGAACGUGGUGGAUCCGCUGGGCCGAGACCGAGUCGAUGCAGCGCGUCGUCUUGGGCGCCUUCAUGCUGGACAUUACCCACGCCGCCAUGUUCGGCCACCUCGCCGACAUGGCGCCCGACGAGAUCCGCCUGCCGCUGCCCUGCGACGACGGCCUCUGGACGGCGCCGAACCCGGAAAGUUUCCGGGCCGUCGACAGCACGUACCGCAUGUACGGCAUCAAGCAGAUCUCCUUCCUGGAGGGCCUCAAGACGGCCCUACACUGCAACCCCGUCAAGACGCACGCGUUUGGCCGCAUGAUCAUCAUGUCGGGCCUGCUCAGCGUCGGGUGGCAUCUCAACCACCGCGACAGCCAGGUCAAGUGGCUGGGCGGGACGGGCCACGGUCACGGCCACCACCGCAACCCGGAGCACGAGACGUGGCGCAAGACGCUCCUGCGGGCGUUUGACGUGUGGAAGGACAGUUUCGACGCCGACAUUGGGAUCGGGGACCCUGGCGACGGAGGAGGGGGCGGAGGGGGCGGAGGGGGCGGCAGCAGCGCGAACGGGCCCAUCCACUCGGCCGCCGUGCUGUACCACCUAGCGCACAUCAGCCUGCACGUGAAUAUCAUUGACUGCCAGGUGUACAUGGGCGCGAAGCGCCUCGUGGGCCGCAAGGUGUCGACGCGCGACUACGCCAACGCGAAGUCGAGGAUGAAAAGCUGGGCUGCCACGGCCCUGACCCGCCACGCCGUCCUGCACGCCUUCAAGCUGCUGCACCGGGUGCUCGUCGUCGGCGGCGCCGGGGCCGACCCGGACGCGAUACGGAGGAGAUCGAACGGGGGGUUCGCAACCCUGGCCCAGACCCCGCGGCUCGAAGCGUACUAUUCGUGCCACACCGAGCCGGAUCCGCACCGUCCUUGGGUCCUGUACUACGCGGCGUUGAGUAUCUGCUCCUUCGUCCGGGCGCUGGGGAACAAGGUGCCUGGUGUUGUUGGCGGGAAUGGCGGUUUCGGGGCAGGUGCGAGGGAUGCCCGCCGAGGCACUGCUGCUGCUUCUGCUUCUGCUGCUUCUGCUUCUGCUGCUUCUGCUGCUUCUGCUGCUUCUGCUUCCUCGCGGGAACCGUAUGUUCGGACCGUGACGUACCUGUCUCGGGUGGCAAGGCUGCCUGCGCUGACGGAGGAGAUGGCUCGGACUUUGGGAGAUGGGUUGCCGGAUUUGCUGCAGAUGUUGCAGGAGAGUCUGGAGGGGACGCAUUUCGAGCUGCUGCGGGAGGCGCGGGAGCGGUUGGAGGUGUGUCGCGAGUUGCUGGUGGACGGGCAUAGCUCACGGUGAAAGGACUGCUUGUGAUGCGUUGUGUUGUAUUUCUUCCUUGUUUUCCUGUUUCUUCUUCGUCCCCCGAGUGGGAUAGGUUCAUGGCGCUUACGGCAAGGGAUUUCAAGGAUGGAGCGGGCACGUUGCUAUACCCACAUGAAGGAUACGGAUACUUGUGGUGCCUCUUAAGACGGGUGUGGAAUAUCUGAUUCUGCAUUGGGGCGUACUGGCGCGACGGAUGGACAGAUGGUUGUUUACUUGGGUCUUCGGUGAUAUAGAUGCCUUUUUUCUUCUUCUCAUUUUCAUGGUGACUCCAUUUCUAUCCCAUAUCCCAUUCCGUUUCAGUCAUUCAGACGUGAUCCUCGACGUUGGCGAUGUCUUUUGAUGGUGAAUCCUUCUUCGCACCCUUCGCCGGUUCCUCCCCAUCCUUCCCCCGCGUCUCGUUUUCCACCUCCUCCUCCCCGCCCGCGACCUCAACAUCCCGCACAGCCUGCUGCAACCCCCCCUCCUGGCCGUUCU